AUGUCGAAUAAAGAACGACACGAUCUCUUUUACAGCCAAGCACGCAAUGUGUUGAAUUAUAACGUUAAACGGUUAUGGUUUAAGAUCAAUCCCUUUUUGGAGAAGAAGAAGAAAGAUGAAACUGAUCCAAGCGAAUUUAUCCAACCUCAACAAUCAACGGUUUUAUGUGAAAAACUCAGUUUUUCUGGAGAUAUAGAUCGAAAAGAACAAGAACUGCAAGUUGGUGAGUUUUGGGACUAUCUGUAUUCUGACAAAUGGGAACACGGGUGUUCGAUAAGAAUUCUCGAGGGUCAACUCUUCGACCUAUUACAGACUAAACUCCACAUCCUGUUAAAGAAACAAAUGAUCGUUCAUCAUCGUACCUUUGCUUUUGCCAGAAACAAAAGAGAAAAGCGAGGAUGUUAUAAAUUAGCGAACGAAAAGGGCUGUGGGGAAAUAGAAGAAAUCCUUCUGUUGGAGUUCAUUUAUUAUGGCCGUCGUGUUGAACCUAUCCGCCAGUAUGGAUCCACCUGCAGUUCCUAUCCAGGAAUCAGUACCACGACAUCUGGAAUAACCCCACAGCGAUCUCCUCCUCCAAGCGAGAGAGAAGAAGAAUUCAAUCCAUUAAUCAGAAGAGCCUCCCUUGAUGGCAGGGUUUUAACCCGAAAUCUACCGGCCAUUAAACGCAGACAUUCCACUCCAGAUAAAAAGGCGCCAAGAGGAAGAAGGUCAGCAUCUCGGGAACGAGGCCAGGGCUCAGAGAGGGUAAAAUCUGGCGACAAGGGAAAAAGAGCAAUUCGUCAACCAUUUGAGAUCAUUCCAAAAGAGAUCAGUAGUGCAAGCUCCGACAGCGAUUACAGAACCCAACCACCACCCAUAAACCUUAAGCAGUUUAGAUGCACGGAAAGAAUUAUUUAUGGAGAUGAUCUGGAUACCAUCACCGAGGAAAUAGAAUUGAAAAAGGAGGAUCUCGGAUUUGGUGAAGAAUUUUAUUUGUCAGAUAUAGUGAGAGAACCAUCAACUCAAAUCGACCACGAGUCUGUGGUCAAGAAAUUAGCGAGAUGCAAAGAAGAGCUGCAAAAAAGAAGAGAAGAAAAGAGGAAACAAGAAGAGUUUUUUAAUAAUAGAAAGACCACGUGUCUUCCUCCCAUGCCGAGUUUUGAUAUCGAUCAUAUUCAGCUAGAUAAAACAAAUACCGAUAGACCAGCGUUUAAGUUUAAAUUUUUGAUACAAGAAGUUCCAAGUUUUGAAAGGUUAGUAACCAUUUUGGAAUCUGAAGAUCGAUGUGAUCCACGCUACCGCCGCUCAAAACAAUUAAGUAAAAGGGUAGCCAACAGAUACAAUCUUACAAAAGAUGCCUUACAUCAGCGUAAUUUGGAAACAGCCGAACUCAACACCAACUUGAAGAAGAGGUUUGAAAUAUUGGGUAAACUUGGCAGCGGUGGAAAGAAAGAAGCCAAAGAAACCAAAAGCCGAUCACAUAUGAUGCAUGCUGCAUCAUCUGCUAUUGCCGUGCCAAAACAGGGAAAACCUGUUAUCACAAACAUUCAAACGUUUGAAGACACUAUUGGUGAAAUGGCAACGAAAGUAAGGGGUGUGACAGAUUCCAGGGAGUGCGAGAAUCAUGUUCUAAAUCAUAGCGGAAAGAAGAAACCAAGUAAAGAUCGUAAAAAGAGUAAAGCCAAGUCGGUUUCAAUAUCCCCUGUCUCUCCUAAAACAGCAUCCCCCGAUUCCCCCAGCACUAUUCCAGAUAUCGUCUUAACAUCGCCUUCCGGUCAGUCUUGUAACCUCUCUGUCAAAUCUGAGGUCGUUUCUCCCAUUGGCAAAGCCGUGUCACCGCCGUCUCGUGCUUCACCUAGGGAAUUUAAAUCAGUCGUCGUGAAGAAGUCGGUUCGAAAGAAGGAGAGCAAACCGGGGUCAAAGAAGUCGGUAGCCAAAGCUAAGUCUACUUCAGGAAAAAAGAGUAGGGGGAAAGCAAAUCUAGCGCCAUCGUACAUAGAAUCGGAUACAUCUGAAGAAGAUGAUACAACAGUCUCCACUUGUUUUGACACUAAGAAACUCAACUUCCGAUACAGUUUUGAAAAACUUAAAAGUUCGAAAGGCGGGAAGAAGAAGAAACCUGCCUUUUACGAAAUUCUUAAAAAGUAUUAUCGUGUUCAGAAAACCAUAGACGCUCUCACAACACCGAAAGGCUCCAAGGGCAAAGGUAGAAAAUCUAUUUUUGAGAGACUCAUGCAAAAGCAGACAAUCAAGAAGACUGAACCCGAGUUUGUCAUUGGGAAGUUGAAAAAAUUUUCGUUUCUGAAAUACAAGAAAAGACCAACGGUAGAAGUAGAAAUGGCUAAUUUCUCCACAGUUUCUAUGGUAGAGUUUGAAGAGAGGUUGUUCAAGGCUUUGGAUGACUUUAUUGUACGCAAAGAACAUGUCGUUUCCAACAUCAACGGGAAAUCCGUCACUGCCAUAACAUUUACCAAGAAAUUUGCAUUCGAAGAAAAGAAGUGGGAUUAAUAAAUAUGCACACAAGAAAUUCUCAGUAAUGGCUCCUGAACUUGUAGCAUGUUCACCUUAAUGGUAUUUUAGUUUACUUUCUACAUGCAAUUCAUCUUUUUUUAAAUCAAAAUAUUAAAUCCAUAAAUAUCUUCAAAUAUAAG